UUCAGAAAAACAAACUUCAGAGAGAAGAUGCUCCAAGUUCACUCGUAUGUUCAGUCCAAAGACGCCAAUGAGGGAUCCUCUCAGCUGGUUCCAACUUCACUGCCCAGAGAUGGUCCUCUCCCUCGGUUCAGUAUUGAGCGGUCAAGCUCAUCUUUGCUGGAAAUGCGAGCGGGACAAACUGCCAGACUGUCCUGCACCAUCGUCCCUUCCUCAGCGCUUCAGUCUGUCAACAUUCAGUGGACUAAAGAUGGACACGCCCUCAGUGACUCCAGGUAUUGCCAACAUUCAGACGGCACUCUGACCAUUGGCUCCGUGAAGUCUGCAGACUCUGGCGUGUACACCUGUACCGCCUCCACUCAGCAGCAGCUGGAGCAGAGACAGCUGCAGCUCAGAGUCCAAGCCGACCUGAAGAUCACCACAGCUCCCAAUAACAUCCAGGUGUCUAAAGGCAGCACAGCUGUGCUCCCGUGUGGUGUCAGGAGACAACGUCAACAUCGGCUGGUCCAGGAAUGGCGUCCCAGUGCGUCCAGACGGUCGUACCAUCCUGAUGUCCUCUGACGGCAGCCUGAUCCUGAAUAACGUAAAGCCUUCAGACGAGGGCACGUACACCUGCAACGCUUACACUGGCAUCUACUCUGUGAGUGCCACGGCCGAAGUUAGAGUCACUAAAGACAUACAACAAGGUGAGGAUGACGUUCACUAGGGAUGCACCGAAUCCAGAUUUUUGGGGUUCAGCCAAAUACCGAAUC